AUGAACAUCAAUCAAAAUUAUCCACCUCAAUUUAUUCCAAUAACUUUAUCCAAAUCUGUACAUCUUCCUCCUAAUAGCAAUCGUACAGCUAAAGCUUCUAUUCCUAUUUCGUCUAUUAGCUCCCCAUUUAUUCCUCAUCAACACUUUACACUAAAUAGUGCUUUAUAUAUUCCACAUAAACUUCUUCAAUUUUACAAUUAUUUUUCUACUAUAACAUUAUCUAAUACAACUCCUUAUCCACAAUAUGUUACUAAAGGCAUUUGUAUUGGAUUCUUAUGUUCUUAUACCGUUCAACAACGAAAUAUCCACACUUCGAUUCCAACGACUAAAUCAUAUGGUGUCGCCAAAUCUUUUGGUGAGAUACCAGUCUCUCUUGACUUAGUCACGAAUAGAUCGAAUACUCAUUAUUCGCACAACUCUUCGAAAAAUUUUCCAAUAAACAACCAGUAUUAUACUGAUGUCAUUACAAAUCCCAUUACUUGUUAUACAAUUCCUUCGAUACAUUCAGAGGUCGAUAAAGCUAUUCGCGAAUUAGCUACCAAAAUACACCAUCAACAAUAUCAUGAUGAUCUUCUCACACUUUUACUCCGUUUUCACCGAAUUUUUAAUACAACUACACAUAAUAUUGCUGAUACACCAAUUCAUCACGUUAUUCAUACCAUUCCACAUACACCCCCAGCUUGCAAACCAUAUCCACAACCAGAUAAAGAAGAACCAAUGUAUGCUAUUAUUCAAGAAUUUUUACAAGCAGGAUUAAUCGCUGAAUCUCAUUCUCCAUAUGCAGCACCUGGUAUUCUUGUCAAGAAGAAAGAUGGUUCUUAUCGUUUCGUAGUGGAUUAUAAAAAAUUAAACUUGAUCAC